AUGAGGGUCUCGUCCGCGUUGCACACGGCGGCGGCGCUGGCCGCGCCCCUGUGGGCUCUAUUCUGGGCCAUCUCGCCGGCCGCCGCCGCUGCCGACGGGCCCACCUUCCACGUCAGCGCCUUCGGCUACCAGCCCGACAACCUCAACUACUUUGAGGACUCGGACGUCAUCCUCUUCCACGACUUUGUCGAGGGCCUCAUCUACCGCUCGGCCGAUGCCGGCGCGCACUGGGACAAGGUCACGGCCAUCCCCGCCAUGGCCGCGGCGCGCCUUGUCAUGCACCAGUACCACCCCGAGCGCGCGUUUGUCCUGACCGAGGGCAUCACCCACUACCGCACCGAGGACCGCGGCAAGACGUGGCAGUCGUUUCUGACCGACGCCGAGAGCAGCAUGUUCCAGUACGACGUGCUGACCUUCCACGCCGCCGACCCGGACCGCAUCAUCUUCAACGGCAUGGACUACGACGCCGCCUCGUUCAGCGAGGUCGCCAUGUACACCACCGACGGCUUCCGCACCGACGCCAAGUUCUUGCGCGGCAACACCGCCGGCUGCUGGUGGGCCAAGGGCUCCGAGCUCUUUACUACGGGCGCGGCCGACCUCGACGCCAGCCGCAUCCUCUGCAUCGUGCGCGACACGCUGUCGCCCUUCAAGCAGGAUCAGCGCCUGCUCGUGUCGGACAACUACUUCAAGGCCGUCAAGGCCGACGGCGUCGUCCAGGAGUUUGAGCCCAACCUCGACACCAACCGCCCCGUCCAGGGCAUUGUCAACAUUGCGGCCGUCAAGAAGUACCUGCUGGUGGCCACCACGUCGCUGAACACGGACGAGAUGGCCCUCUUUGUCACCGACGACACGCUGCGCUGGCACCGCGCAGUCUUCCCGGCCGACCACCGCAUCAACCAGGAGUCGUACACCGUGCUCGAGAGCACCAACUACAGCAUCCAGAUCGACGUCAUGAACACCCGGCCCUCCGACCCCACCGGCGUGCUCUUCACGAGCAACUCCAACGGCACCUUCUUUACCCAGAACCUCGACUACACGAACCGCAACAAGCGCGGCCACGUCGACUUUGAAAAGAUCUCGGGCAUCCAGGGCAUCUUUCUGGUGAACCGCGUCGAGAACGGCGAGGCCGUCAGCAACGACCGCGUCGGCAAGAAGAUUGUCAGCGAGAUCACCUUUGACGACGGCCGCACCUUUGCGCCGGUCGGCUUGCGCGGCCAGGGCAAGGAGCGCCUGCACCUGCACUCGGUCACGGACCUCAGCAACGUGGGCCGUGUCUUUUCGAGCCCGGCCCCCGGCCUCGUCAUGGCCGUCGGCAACACCGGCGACUACCUGGGCCACUACAAGGACGGCAGCCUCUUCAUCUCGGACGACGCCGGCGUGACCUGGAUCGAGGGCCCCAAGGGCCCGCACAAGUACGAGUUUGGCGACCAGGGCUCGAUCCUGCUGGCGGUGCGCGACGCCGCCGACGUCGACGAGGUCACCUACUCGCUGGACCACGGCACGACCUGGACGGCGGCCAAGCUGCCCGACGGCCUGCAGGUGCGCCCGUACAUCCUGACGACGACGCAGGACUCGACGAGCCUCAAGUUUGUCUUGGUGGGCGAGGCCAAGGACCGCUGGCACAUCAUCGCCAUUGACUUUGCGGGCCUGCACGAGGCCACGUGCAAGGACAGCGACCUCGAGGACUGGUGGGCGCGCGUCGACGACAAGGGCCAGCCGACCUGCCUGAUGGGCCACACGCAAAAGUACCACCGCCGCAAGAAGGACGCGGCCUGCUUCCUCAAGCAGGAGUUCAAGGACCCGGUCGUCGAGACGACCGACUGCGACUGCACGGACCUCGACUUUGAGUGCGACUACAACUUCCGCCGCAGCGAAAGCGGCACCGAGUGCGUGCGGGUGGGUCCGCUGGUCCUGCCCGAGGGCAGCAAGGUGUGCAGCGGCAAGGACGCCAAGCCGGACGACGUGUUUAUGGGCUCGUCGGGCUGGCGCCUGAUCCCGGGCAACACGUGCAAGCGCACCGGCGGCAAGCAAAAGGACGACCUGGUGGAGCACAAGUGCAGCGAGACGGGCACGGCACCCAACACGCCGGCGUCGGGCGAGAUUGCCAACACGCCCUACGACUUUCAGCUGUCCGAGUUCACCGACUUUGAGAAGCACUACCUGGAGCGCGGCGACUCGAGCUCGGACACGGCCGACAACGAGGCCAUCAUCAUGCGGCCGAUCCAGCGCGCGCGCGGCGAGGGCGGCCCCAUCUAUGUGACCAACGACCACGGCAAGACGUGGACGCACCCGGAGGUGCUUGACAAGGUGGACGUGUGGGCCAUCCUCCCGCACGAGUACUUUAAGGAAAUGGUGUUUUUUGUCACGACCAAGGAGCACGUCGUGUACACGGUGGACUACGGCAAGCAGUAUCACGAGUUCCAGGCGCCGUACCCGCCGGACGUGGAGAGCGAGCGGUCGCCGCUGCUGUUCCACCCGGACCACAAGGACUGGCUGAUCUGGAUCGGCAAGAAGUGCGAGAGCACGGGCGCGUGCUACACGGAGGCGUCCUUUUCGCGGGACCGCGGCGACAACUGGGUGACGCUCCUGCGGUACGUGGAGCGGUGCGAGUUUAUCGGCUCGAGCGCGUACAAGAACCGCAAGCCGGAGGAGGUCGUCUGCCUCGUGCACGCGCGCGAGGAGGACGUGCAGGGCGGCGACGCGAACCCGCUGCAGCUGGUGUCGAGCACAGACUGGUUCGAGACCAAGGUGGUGCACGAGGCGAACGUCAAGGGUUUUGCGACCAUGGCCGAGUUCAUUGUGGUGGCGGCCGAGGACAAGGAAAAGAGCAGCCUGCGGGCGCUGGCGAGCCUGGACGGCGAGACGUACGCGGAGGCGCGGUUCCCCGUCAACUUUGCGGUGCCCACGCAGCACGAGUACACGGUGCUGGACAGCUCGACGCACGCGGUCAACCUGUUUGUGGCGACGGAGACGGGCAAGGACCGGCGCUACGGUACGAUUCUCAAGAGCAACUCGAACGGCACGUCGUACGUGAUGAGCAUUGCGGGCGUCAACUGCGACAACCGCUACUACGUGGACUUUGAGAAGAUGCUGGGCCUCGAGGGCGUGGUGGUGGUGAACGUGGUGGCGAACCGCGACGACGCCAAGGCGACGGCCAAGAAGCUGCAGACCAAGAUCAGCCACAACGACGGCGCCGAGUGGGCGUUUCUGCCGCCGCCGCAGAAGGACGUCGACAACAACAACUACGGGUGCACGCCGCGCAAGGGCGCGCGCGAGGGCGGCGACGAGAACUGCGCGCUGCACAUCCACGGGUACACGGAGCGCGAGGACCACCGCAAGACGUUCUCGUCGUCGGGGGCGGUGGGGCUCAUGUUUGGCGUCGGCAACGUGGGCGACCAGCUGGGCCCGAUUGGCGAGGCCGACACGUUUAUGACGACGGACGCGGGCCUCACGUGGCGCAACGUCAAGAAGGGCGCGUGGACGUGGCAGUUUGGCGACCAGGGCUCGAUUGUGGUGCUGGUGCCGCGCCACGCCAAGACGCGGACGGUGUCGUUUACGACGGACGAGGGCGCGACGUUCCGCGACCACCAGUUCAGCGACGAGGAGGUGGAGGUGCUGGACAUUACGACGCUGCGGUCGGGCGCGUCGCGCAACUUCUUGCUGUGGUGCCGGUCGCCGGGGCGGGACCACGUGUUUACCAUCAACGUGGACUUUUCCGGGCUGACGGACCGGCCGUGCGAGCACGACGACAAGGACGCGGGCCAGUCGGACUACUACCUGUGGUCGCCGUCGCACCCGCUGCUGCCGGAGUCGUCGUGCCUGUUUGGGCACGUGUCGCAGUACCUGCGCAAGAAGACGGACCGCACGUGCUACAACGGGUACAAGAUCCGGCACCUGUACAACACGGAGAACUGCACGUGCACGCGGCGCGACUACGAGUGCGACUACAACUUUGAGCUCGACAACCACGGUCAGUGCUCGCUGGUGCCCGGGCUGGCGCCCAUGUCCAAGAAGCAGUGGUGCAGCGAGCACCCGGACGCGGUCGAGUACUACCCGCCGACGGGCUUCCGGCGCAUCCCGCUGACGACGUGCCAGGGCGGCGACGAGUCGGACAAGACGUCCGAUCCGAAGUCGUGCAAGGGCCACGAGGACGAGUUUGAGCGCAAGCACAGCGGGCCGGGCGCGUUUGCGAUUGCCGUGAUUGUGCUGGUGUCGGUGGGCGCGGCCGCGGCGGUGGCGUGGUACGUGUACCGCAACUGGACGGGCAAGUUUGGCGCGAUCCGGCUCGGCGAGGGCGGCUCGUCGCGCUUCACCGUCGACAGCGAUGCGCCCUACAUCAAGUACCCCAUCAUGGCGGCCGCCGGCGUCGUGGCCGUCGUCGGCACGCUGCCGCUGCUGGCGACGGCGCUCUGGCGGACGGCCACCGGUGCCCUGGAGCGGCGCGCGGGCGGCAGCGGUGGUGGUGGUGCGCGGGGCGCAUGGAGCCGGCUGGGUCUGGGCCUGGGCGGCGGGUCGCGGCGGUUCACGACGCGCGACAGCUUUGCGCGCGGACGGGGCGACUAUGCGAUUGUGGACGACGACGAGGGCGAGCUGUUGGGCGACGACAGCGACGAGGACGUCUAG